CCGACUCCGCGCCGCCGCCGCCGCCGCCGCCGCCAUGGAGCGCGUAGAGCGGGUGUCCGUGGGCCCCUGCACAUCUUCGCCUUACCUGCGACCGCUCACGCUGCACUACUGCCAGAACGGUGUCCAGAAGUCCUGGGACUUCAUGAGAACUCAUGACAGCGUGGCCGUGCUCCUGUUCAACACGUCUCAGCAGAGCCUGGUACUGAUCAAGCAAUUCCGGCCAGCUGUGUACGCAGGUGAGGUGGAGCGGCAGUUCCCGGGCUCCCUGGUGGCCCAGGACGGGCUUCGGGCACUGCCCACAGCACUGCCCCGUGCAGCAGGCAUCACCUACGAGCUGUGUGCGGGCCUCGUGGACCAGCCUGGGCUGUCCCUGGAGGAGGUGGCCUGCAAGGAAGCCUGGGAGGAGUGUGGCUACCGAUUGACGCCCUCGGACCUGCAGCUGGUGGCAACCUACAAGUCUGGCGUUGGGCUGACUGGCUCCAACCAGGCUAUGUUCUAUGCUGAGGUGACAGACUGCCAGAGGACCGGCCUGGGAGGCGGCCUGGCGGAGGAGGGGGAGCUGAUCCAGGUGGAGCACCUCCCCUUGGAUGGUGCCCAGGCCUUCGCAGAGGACCAUUCUGUUCCCAAGACCCUCGGUGUCAUCUUCGGGAUCUCCUGGUUUCUCAGCCGGGUGGCCCCAGGCCUACAUCCCCACUGAGAUUAAGCUUGGGGUGACGGAGGUACCUAGCUGCCCAUGGGACUAAUAAGCCACAAUAAACCAAAUGCAGCUU